UUCAAAUGCAGCAGGAAAAGGCGCAUUUUCCUUGUCUAAACUUGGACUGACUGCAAAAACCUAUUAAAUAUUGACUUUUUUAAGGCUGAAGUGAACUUCCGAGUGUGCACUGAGUAAGUCUUAAAAGAAGAUGUACUUGCAAGUGUGUUUUAGCCACUACCAGCAAGCCUGUGACAGAUUAGCUAUUUGAGGACUUUAGAAAUUCACACUUAAGAACAAAAUAAAUAGGAUAUACCGUGUUUCCCCUGAAGGCUCUCACAAAACAAAGCUUUUUGAUUAACGUUCCCGUCCAUCCAAAAGACUGCUACAAGUGAGAAGAGAACCUCUGGUCAUGAUUUUCUUAUUGGACACGUUUACAGGGGUGUGGAGACAUUGGGAAAGGAACUUUUUAUGUAUUUUGAUCAGAAAGCUUUGAGGAUUCACUUUGGUAUGAGUGGUUCCAUGCGCAUUAAUCCUGAUGGAAGCAAAGACAGAAAUGGAGCAUUACCAGUUUUGGAGAUACAGCUUGCAGAGGAUACUGUUUGUUUUUUUGAGGUGACAGUAGAAUAUAGAAAUGCAGCUGAGAGUGAGCGGAAAGUGAGAAUGAUGGAAAGCUUGGAUGUCUGUUCUCCAAAGUUUAGCUUCUUAAGAGCAGAAAGUGAGAUUAAGCAGCAGAAAACCCGCAUGUUGUGUGAUGUGUUACUGGAUCAAGCAGUAUUACCUGGAGUGGGAAAUAUCAUAAAAAAUGAAGCGCUGUUUGACAGUGGUCUUCAUCCAGCUGUUAAGGUUUGCCAACUGACAGAUGACCACAUACGUCACUUGGUGAAAAUGACACGUGAUUUUACCCUGCUUUUUUAUAAGUGCCGCAAAACCGGGUCUAUGCUCUACAAACACUACAAAGUAUACAAGCGCCCAGCCUGUGGUCAGUGCAAUGGGAAGAUUACUGUGUGUCGUUUAGGAGAAAGUAACAGAAUGACUUACUUCUGCUCUCAAUGUCAAAAGGCGGAUCUCCAGCUCGUCAAUGUUAGCAAACUGCCAACUAGAAAUAGCCUAAUUGGCUGGGCAUAUGGCAGGGGGUCAUGUUCUAAUGAACAUGUAGCUCAGAAAUCUGAAGAGGAGUGGACGUGUAUGUGCUGUACCCUAAUAAACAAUCCUUCUGCUGAAAUUUGUGAUGCCUGUUUGACUUCAAGGCCUGAAGUUCCAAAGACAGAGAAUGUUGAAGAUUCUGCAGGCUUUAACACAAACUUAAUGAAGUACCCCUGUAAUGAUUUCAGAAAACCAAGCACAGAAAUAAAGAUCAACAGGAAAGCUGCAUUUGGAACUACAACUCUUGUCUUAACAGAUCUUGGUAACAAAGCUGUUUUGAGAAAUAAUACCCAAAUAUCUGAUGGACAUUCUCAGUGUGUUGCUCCAAAAAGCAAUUGUAAACAAAUACAAAACAAUGUCUACCAGACAGGUGGAAGCACAGAUGAGGAUUGCUCAACACAUGUAACUGCUAUGGCUUUGUCCUCCUGUCAGCAACCUCUCUCUUUCAAACAUGUACAGAAGAAACAGAAAACUGAUCAUAUACCCUCAGUUCACCAAUAUAAUAUAGCAAUCAGCACAUCUCAACCUAAUAUGACAGAUGAUACUUGUAUGUCAAGCAUGGGCCAUCCUCGCUGCAGUAAACACAGCCGUCUCUGCAGCCUCAGAGUUGUGAGAAAGGAUGGAGAAAACAAGGGCAGGCAGUUUUAUACCUGCCCUCUACCCAGAGAAUCUCGAUGUGACUACUUUCAAUGGGCUGACCUGGAUUUUCCAUUUUGUAAUCACGGCAAGCGAUGUGUUAUGAAGACUGUGUUGAAGAUUGGUCUCAAUAAUGGGAAGAACUUUUUUGUGUGCCCUCUUGGAAAAGAAAAACAGUGUGGCUUUUUCCAAUGGGCAGAAAAUGGGCCAGGUAUGCAGGUUAUUCCUUGAGGUCAAUGUUCUAGUUAUCUGCUCCUCAGGAUGUCUUAAGGGCAUACAACUUUGCUAGUCAUUUCUGGUUUGGUUUUGUUUUGUCUUUUUCCCUGUUCACUGGUUAAUUAGUAAAAUAGCUUCAACAAUGUAAACAACUGCAGAUUUGGAAAGAGUAAUUUUACAUAGUCCUAUAAAAAUUAAAACACUGCUUGCAUGUUGCAUAGUAUUUUGAAAUAAACAUCUAGCUUGCAAUGUAUUGUAACAUACUGUUACAUUUCUAAUAAAAAAAUUGAACCGUUUUCUUUUUUUAUGUAAAUACCACUGAAUUUUGACAGCACUGCCUACUUUCAAGCAUAUGUGAUUUGUAGAAUGGAUAACUUAAUCUAAAUUAGUAUUUUAAAUUGAUAGACUUUUUCAUAAAUGUAAACCUGUACUUGAUAAAAGUUAAUAAAAACUGAAUAUACUUUUUUAAUACCACUUCAUGCUUUAUUUCCUCAGAGCUUAAAAUGAAACAGCAACAGACUGUACAUUUUGAAUGUUACCAUAGUUGAAUGCGUGACCUUGCUAGUUUUGGAAAACAAAGACAAAAACUGCCCUAAAACUAAUAACAUGAGUCUGCAGUUUUCUUAAUUAUAUAUUUUAAAUCCAGAUCUUAACAUUUUACUCUAGUUGCUACUGAACUUUUUUUCCCCAAUUAAUGUGAGUUGUAUAAUAAACCCAUACUUCUUAGGUGGUUAAAACUCAGUUUACACUUCCUAGACUUACCACUAUUUGAUGAAGAAAGGGGAAAAGUAAAUAGAAUAUGGUAAAUUAUCAAAUGUGAAGUAAAGCAGAAACAAAAUUCUUCAAAUCUUCAUAAAUUAUUGAAUCACAAUCAGUUUUUAAAGGAAAGUAAUGGGAAGUAGCAUUGCUUCCCACCAAAAAUGUGAGACAUGAAACAGGUUUAAAAGCUUCUUGUAAAUGGUCCUUCAGUCUAUGUAAAUGCUUCAGAAUUAAUUGUGUCAUUUCUGAUAGCUAACUGCUUUUUUGCCUUUUUGUUGUUGUUGAGGGGGAAGAACUACUUUAUUUUCCUGAGAAAGUUGUGGAACUUCAGUCCAAUUUAAAUCUUCCAUGCCACAGUGCAAGCCAAACCGUUUAAUUCUUGUCUGAACCAACACACGUUCAGAGGCUUUAUUAUUUCUUCCUUUCAAUAGCCUUUGAUACCUUUCAAAUCUUUUAAAACUUACCUUAUAUGAAGGAAAUCUUUUCUAAUCAGAUUGUAGAAACUAUAAUCCUUCUGUUGCUCAAUGGACACUUUCCAAAUAACACAUAUCUUUUAUGAAGCCUAUUAUUUAAAGUGAGGUACAGAACUCCAGCUGAGAAAAAAACAAGCUAUUUCACAUGGUGAAGACUGACUUUCCAUUGCCAUCUUUUUAUAUUAUGCUUGUUACAAUAUGUCACUGCUAGCUUAUGCUUAUACAUCUAAAUCUUUAAAUUUGCUAUGUAACCAGUUCCUCACUUCUUAUAUUUGUACAAUUGAUUACUGUGAUAAAGCACCUGCUUAUUUUUAAAUCGUACAUGUGUUUGGAUGUUCUACACAGGGAUAACUCUGUAGCAGUUCAGCUAAACAGAAAAAAUAAAAAAGAAAUACAACUGGUUUUGAUCACUUGCCUUCAACAAAUGUUAAGGUAUCACUGAAGCUGAAAGUUAAGUGACUUUUUCAAACUUUGACACUUCAAAGAUAACAGUUGGGCUGUUACGUCUUUUUUUAUCUUAACAGCCAGACAAGAAGUAUCUGUUUACAUGUAACACAUACAAGUUUUUAAAGGAUUAACUGGUUUUAUUAGCUACUGCACUCAGUUUCCUUUUUCUGUUCUUAUAUUUCUAGAACAUGUUGUAAAAAAAGUGCAUAAGCAAUAUACAGAUUUUGCCUGGAUACUGGAACAGUGAUGUUGCAUCUGACGAUGCACAAUCUGAAUUCUUUAUUGAAAUGAGUAGUAUGUCCAGCUUAAAGACUAAACUAAGGAAAAGUGUUUAAAAUAAAGUAUUUUGUCCUGAUCAUUGGUUCCUCUAUUUAACAAGUAAUUUCUU